AUGUCGAUCGAUGUCGGAGAAUUCUCAAUUCCAGACCUACCUCUCUUCUUCACCAUGUUCACAAUAAUCUACCUAAUCGCUUACUUCAUCGUAUUCCGCAAUUGGAAACCUCAAAUCCGACCCGAAGCAUCAAGCUGUAUGAUUUCAAUCUUCCACGGUACACCGGCGGUUUUCCUCGCCUCACGAGCCGUAUUCUCUUCUCCUUCAAGCUCCUUCUCAUCCGCGAACACCGCCGCUCAAAACACCGUACUCGAUUUCAGUGUCGCUUACUUCCUCACCGAUCUCUUCCACUACAUCGUCUUCUACCCUAAAGACGUACUCUUCAUCGGACAUCACUUAGCAACCUUGUUCGUCUUUUUAACCUGUAGAUUCCUCGUCUUCCAUGGAGCUUGCGCGAUCUUAGGGUUACUGAUUCUCGCUGAAGUCACAAGCGCUUGUCAGAACGCAUGGACACUCGCCGGAGCUAGGAAGAAUGACCCGGAAGCUAGAUUAGCUUUGAAAGUGUACGAUCUCUUGUCUCCUCCGUUUUACAGCUUCUACAGUAUCGUUAGGGGUGUUUUGGGACCAUUGUUUUUUGGGAAAAUGGUUGCUUUUUAUGCAAGAGGUGGUGCUCAAGGUGUGAUUCCGAAUUGGUUGUGGAUUUCUUGGGCUAUUGUGGUUGGUACUGCGAUUUCUGUUAGUAUACUUUGGAUUUGGAAUCUCUGGAUAGAAUUGUUUAGAGAAAGGAAGAUCAAACUAAGAGAAGGCAAGAAAGUUAGUUAG